AGUAUGUCUGCUGUCUGUGGUUGUAAUUUUAGUUAAUUAUAAUAUUGUGGUUAAUAGAUUGUGUAUUUUCUAGGCCGUAGACUGCAGAGUUCGUGUUUUAAUGAACGUCGUAUAUGAUGGGUGCACCUCAGCACGUGUGUGUGUCGUCGCUGAGCGCUCGGGACGAGCCGUGCCGUGCCCCCGUGCUGGGGAUGGAAGACGCGGCAGGCGUGCCGAGAGCGUCCGUGUUCGAGGUGGUGCAGUACUGGCCCUCCGUCCCCGCCGCGGCCACCCUGCCGGACCUGCUCCCGGCCACUGAGUCUAACAAAGAUGAUGUUUCCUCCGAACACAGGAAGAGGAAUCAGAAACGACCUUUUUCACCUGACAUCGAGCUAAAAAGAAAACCUGGAGAGAAAAGAAAAAGAAGAGCACAAAAGAAGAACACAUUGAAAGUCGGCGACGCGGAGGGUGACGGCGACGGCUUCAGCUGCGCCAAGUGCGGGUCGCCGUACGUGGUGAACCCGGCCAGGAGGCGGGGCCAGGCCGGCGACCGCAGGAGCCCCGCCCCCCGCCGGGUGUUCGACUCGGAGGCCAACCGGGUGCUGCUGCUGUGCAACCGGUGCGGCCUGGCGGCGGUGCGGGCCGGGGGCAGGGCGCGGGGCGGCUCCUCUGCUCCCCAGGAGAGCGGCUCGGAGGAAGGCAGGGCGGAGUACCUGCGGACGGCAGCGCAGUUUGCCUCGUCGCUGGCGGGCGAGCUGCAGGACGCCGACGCGGGCCUCUUGUACUGCCCGGCCUUCAGGGUCAAGUCCUGCGGCUGCCUGCAGACCUUCAUCACCGGAGUUGACGGGAGCAAAGAGGAAGCCCACCAGAGAGCCCUCUACUUGCUGAACGUGAUGAAGGAAGCUCGACGGAUGGCUGCGGAGAAAUGUGGCACCGCGGCAGCUGCCGAGCAGGCAAACGCCAAAGUCACCACCGCUAAGGGCCAGACUUCUUCGAGCUGCGUGAGACUACGAAGAAGUGCCAAGUUUGAGAACUAUGUUCUGACAACACGUCGCUACUUCAAAGAACAAUUGAAGAUCUGUGAGAAAGCCUGUCAGAGGGUCCUAUGUUACUCCAACAACUUCCUGCACAAAAGGCUUAAAGCACUUCCCGGCAAGGGCUCGCGCGUGGCCCAGACGCUGGGGCGCCGCAGGCAGGGCGGCCUGGUGCCCGUGCCACAGCUGGCCUCGGAGCACUGCUGCGCGGACAAGUGCGUGCUGAUGGCGCUCACGCACGGCCGGCUGCUGGAGGCGUGGCGCGCCGACGCCGCCCUGGGGCAGCGCCCCGCGCGCAGGGCCCUCGCGGAGAUGCUCACCCCGUCGGGCGGGGCCAAGUCCAACUGCUACAGGUUCAUCUCCAUGGUCACAGGCUGCAGCCUGAGCACCAUCUGCUCCGUGGCCGACCAGAUGAGGCGCACCCAGGGCGAGCGGGAACCCUCGGAGCACGGCCUCAGGAGGUGGUGGCGGGAGCACCCUAGACGCGGCGGCAGGCCCCCGGGGCCCGGGAGCAGGGGGGAGGAGGAGCAGGAGGGGGAGGAGGAGGAGGAGGCGGAGGACGCGCUGGGCGUGCACAUCCCGUCGCCCGAGGAGCUGCGCCGGCUGGGGCCCGAGGAGGGGGCACGCCGCCUGCUGCAGCAGCGCGACAGGCUGGCCCGCCUGCAGCGCCGGGUGGAGGGGGCCCGUCGGGAGCAGCCCCCGCCCGAUCCCGGUCCACUGGAGCCCAGAGCCAGCGCUGGUGUUGCCCUGCCGCCUCAGGCAGCGUCUGCCAGCAACAUCAUCAUCCUCCAGGACGGCUCUGAAGGUGUCCCUGUGAGGUACUCUGCGGAGCGGAGCCCCGGGCUGCCGGUGGAGCUGGUGGUGUCCCCCGCGGUCCCCUCGCUGCCCAGCGUCAUCGUCGUGCAGGGCGGCGUGGGCUCCGGCGACGGCUUCCAGGUGUUCAGCGUGGUGGACUCCCCCGGGGCCGGCGCGCUGCAGUACAGCUAGCUGCCUUUUACAACUGCAGCAUUCUGUUACCUGCUUGAACUUUCUAUUGUAAAAAAAAACAUAUAAAAUAUUUGUAACCAACAACUUUGCUUUUUGGGUUGCUGUUUUAACGACAUAAAUGUUUUGCAUAAGUGGC